UAAUACAAAUACAAGACAAUACCAAACGGGGCAUGGUAAAUAAUAUCAAACGAGUCGAUCAGUACCGAUAACUAUAGUUUAUUUUUCACAAUAUAAGAAACGGGCAAGAAAAGCGGCAUAACGUGUAAAAAGCGUGGUGGGUGGCCACAGAGAUUUCUUGAAACAUCCGAUAAAAACGAUAGCGCAGCAAAUAACAAAAAAUUCCGUUAAAGGAAAAACUAAAAAGAAAAAAAUAAAUCAACGGAAAGUACAUUUGGUGUGUUCCCAACAGCUCUGCAGAUAAUUGUGCAGCGAUGAAUGUGUUACAACCUUUGCUGCUUCUAGCAUUAAUAUGUGGCGUGGCCAUCGCACAAGAUUAUCAGGACUAUCAAGAGAACACACCGCGUCCUGCACCAAUAAGACUGCGUCCCAGCGCUGGUUUGGCAGAUGCCCCGCGGCCCACACCUGUGCCAAUUCUGAAGCAAAUAAAUAAGCACAAUGAAGAUGGUUCCUAUACAUAUGGCUAUGAAGGCGCCGAUGGCUCUUUCAAAAUCGAAACCAAACUGGCGACCGGUGAGGUGAAGGGCAAAUAUGGUUAUGUCGAUGAAACAGGUAAAGUGCGCGUGGUGGAGUAUGGCGCAAAUCAAUAUGGUUUCCAGCCAUCUGGUGAAGGCAUCACUGUUGCACCGCCCACAUUGGUGGAUGAAACGGCAAGGGACGAGCCAGAGUAUGAGGACGAGCCCGUGCGUCCGCAGAGGCCUUAUCGUCCACAACGCCCACAACAUUCCCGUCCUGCACCAGCGCCACGUCCACAACCACAACCACAACCACAGCCGCAACCUCAACCACAAUAUUUGCAAUACGAGGAAGAGCCUGAGCAAGCACCAGAGCCACCACGUCGCAUUCAAUAUGCUCCACCACCGCAACAUGCAUCCGCCGGACCAGCGCCCCAAAGAUUACAAGUGCCAGGUGCACAACGCACCACCGAUGUUUUAUACUCGCCGUUGCAAAAUGCCCCACGCCCCGAGCCAGACUACUCACAAACACAGAACUUUGGACAAGGCCCAUCUAAUGUACGCAUUUCUCGGCCUGUCUAUGCACCCGCACCGGCUCAGCCUGCUCCUGCAAGCGCACGCGCUAAUAACUUUUUAGGUCCACCAUCUGGCGGCCGCCCAAUAUUGGAGCCAGCGCAGUUUGGACCAGCGCCACAGACCCGUCCCGUACAACAGGCUGCACCAGCGCCGCUACCCCGCUACCAACCACAGAUCAAUCAUCAGCCCCAGGGGCAAGGACGUGUUGGUGGUGGUGGCGGUAGUUUGUUGGAUCAACUGGCGCGAGAUUAUGCUCUGCCACAGGGCAAUGCUCAACCUCUGCACGAUAUAUCAUUUGGGUACUAUUAAGCCGAAACUGAACGUGAGUUCUCUGGAGUUGUGUAAAUUUAUGUGUAUAGUAUUUUAAUGAGCCCGAUAAAAAGAAAAUUGUAAAUCUUUAUAAAGUUGCCAAUUUUGUUGGAAAAUCUUAAUUUAUAAUUUGCUUAAGUUUACUUUCGACCGUCGAAAAGAACAAAAUCAGAUGAAAAAACACAAUAAAUAAAAUUAGUUGAA